CUGCUUGUUGACUUCAACACCAAUAGCGCGCUUUGUGACGUUCCAGACGCGGCCUGUUCGGCCAUGGUAGAACUUGUGAGGCAUACCCUUAUGGAUCGACCCGUUUACCUUCACAUCGACAUAGUCACCGAUUUUGUAGGCCCGAAGGUAAGUGGACAAAUGGGUCGGGCCCUUCUUCCUGAACGGCCGAGCAAACAGAUCCCUGGUGCGCGCCCUCAAACCGUGACCCGCCGGCAUUUUCUGGUACUUUUCAGCUGCCUCGUUGUUAUUGGGUUUCACUUGGGCGUGCUCGAAUCAAUAAGCUUUGUGUUUUGUCGAGUGAGUGAAAGUAGCAUCGAGUGUGAAAUGGGGACUCGAGAAGUCUAUGAAGAGAAGCUUCGAAGAGGGAACCUGCACCACGACCCGACCCUGAAAUCGGGCCUCGGUACGGCCCGUUGCCCUCAUUGUCUUUCUCUCUUGAGCCCGAUCAAAGCAAAUUCGGAAUGGAAAAUCGCCUCAGUCUUACACGAUGUCACUUCUGUGGUAUUUGCUUUUAAGUGCUUGAUACUUUAUGAAAGUUCAGUAGCUUUUAAAUGGCGCAAGGUUCGUUUGUGGAUAGUGAUAAAUUUAGGUGGAAUCCUGUAG